AUGUCCGAGGGAGAGCAAGCCGCUGCUCCAGUCGAGCACCUUAACAUCAAGGUGACAGACAACAAUAAUGAAGUGUUCUUCAAAAUUAAGCGCUCUACCCCAUUGAAGAAGCUCAUGGAUGCUUUCUGUGAUCGCCAAGGAAAGCAGAUUGCCACUGUUCGGUUUUUGUUUGAUGGCACCCGUGUGCGCCCCGAUGAUACUCCCGAUGGUCUUGAUAUGGCCGACGGUGAUACCCUGGAGGUGCACCAGGAGCAAAUUGGAGGCUAUUAA